GAGCUCAUGCGAUUGUUUAGCAAGCCCAGCCCUUAAUGCUUUUUGUCCUACCUUUCUUACCAUACAAGCCCGGUGAGGCUUUCCUCACUCCUGGAAGCACAGUAAGAAAGCUUUGCUGCUGAGGGGGGCGAACCAGGCUAAUCUCAGGGAAACCGUGACUAGUUUAUAUGUAGCUAAAGCGCACAUCCCCCUCACCGGGGAAACUUCAGCCCGUCCAGCUGCAACUACUUACUUUACUGAAAUGUCUGGCAGAAAACACAUUCCAAACAUGAGUGAAACCGCCAUUGAUCAGUCUAAGCUACCGGGAGUCAAGGAAGUAUGCAGAGAUUUUGCAGUGCUGGAGGAUCAUUCUCUUGCCCACAACCUGCAGGAACAGGAGAUUGAGCAUCACUUGACAACAAAUAUACUGAGGAAUCGUUUGGUAAAGAAUGAUUUACACGUAGCCAAGCAACUCCAAGAACAAGAAGAUCUCAGAACACAAGCCAGGAUGAAAAAUCGUCACAAUGAGCUGGAAGUUUUAGACUCUGAAAUAGCUCAGGAAAUUCAAGAUAAAUUGGUAAUUGAAGCAGAACACAGGCGCCAGCAAGAGGAGAAAGAUGAGGACAUUGCUCGGCUAUUGCAAGAAAGAGAGGAAAGACGAAGAAAGAAGUAUUAUCCACCUUCCCAGGAGGAACCUUCUUACAAAGACAGAGAAGGCCACCGUAAAGGUAGGCAUAAGGAAAAUGUGUCUGAAUAUGAUAGACCUCAUAGACAAGAGAGGCCUGAAAAAAACAGAUUUGAAAGAAAUGACGCAGAGUUUGAAUCAACUUCAUCAAAAUGUGUUCGACAACGUGGCCGGUCAGUAGAAUCAAGGUCAUCUAACAAGGAGGAGGAGGAUAGCUAUAGAAGGCAUUAUGAUAGGCCCAAAUCUAGAAAAGAAAAACCACAAAGACCACCACCACCCAGGACAAGUAGACACGAAGAUGAUUUCAAUAUUGAAAGGACAAAUGGAGAACACCACAAUGAAUACUUGCAUAGAAAGGGGAGGUCUCACAGUCAGGACCCUCUCUCUACAAAGAAUUCUGAUUCUGAUAGAUGGCAGCGGGACAGUUCUGAUGCAAAAUCGCACAGAAGUUGCAAGGAAAGUGAUUUUGACAUUGAGCGACGCAGAAGGAGAACACCUUCUCCAUGCCAAGAAAGGAAUCCCAGGGAUUCAGGUUUUCGAUCAAAGGGGGCACGAGAUGCACCUAUAUCUAAACAUAUGUCGGGCUUAAGAAAUCAAGAGGAACACGAUGCACACCUAGCCCGGAGGCUUCAGGAAAAAGAGUUGAGGGUAAACAUUGUGGAUAAACGAGCAGCUCAGAUGGCUCAGGAUGAGGAAAUUGCCCGCUAUAUUAUGGACAAAGAAGAAAAAGCAUAUAAGAAGUCAAAAGGAGGUGGAAAAAUGUCAGAUGCAAAGCGACCAGAAGAAUUGGAGGCAUCUGAUCAUGUCAGGCAAAGGUCAAGAGAAGGACAUGACCAUCAUCACCGCUCCAGAAGUGAUAAACCAUACAGGCCCCUUCAUCCACCUCGAGAUACUGCUGAAGACGAUUACGAUGAUGACUAUACCAACAUAAACCAGCACAACUCACCGAGGUCUAGUUCUAAGUCACAGUCCUCUCUCAAAGGCGCAUACUACAGGCCAUGAGAAAUCAACUCAUGCAGGAAGUGAUGUCGAGAAUCAUGUAUCAAACUCUGAAAAGAACGUUGGUUGCAAAAUGAAAGAACCUUCAUUUUUAUCCUAUCGGCCUGCAAUAAGGAAAUCUCUUCUAAUUAGCAAGAAACAGUGCAGCGCUAUGUGUGCAUUUUUCCACAAACAUGAUCCCAAAUUUUACUUGUUGAAAAAUCUUUUAAGUGUUCUGUCAUUGUUUAAAUAACUUUACAGUUAUUCUAAGAGUCCAAGGACACCCUUAUUUUGAGCUCAUUGGAAGUAUACAGCAGAGGGCAACUGUAUUACAAAUAUAUUCUGGUUCACUUUAGACAAGUAUACCACAGUGUUCCAUCAAUAUGCUUCAUCCUGCUCGUUUCUUAAAAAAAAGUUCCCUUUUCAGAUGUAAAGCACAAAGAAUACCGUUUUUAGUAGUCAUGGUCUCUUUGGGUGAAACUGUGAUGUUUUAUAUCUACUGCCUAAAUUUUUUAAAUGCACCUUGCUGUAAUAUAAUGAUAGGGGGAUAUUUCUAUAUUUAUGCAUGUACCUCAUAACAUGUUUCCUCACAAGCUUAAAAAUGUAAGUGCCAAAAAAUGCUUGCUAAUUGGUUUUGAAGACUUCCUAGUGCACAAAACUUGGAUGCUUGAGACUGCAAGUCCAGUCAAGGGAUUCCAUUCAUAUCUCCUCAGGAACUGACUGUGCAUACCAUUGGGUGAAAGCUGAGUAGUGAUUAUCAUUUCUCAGUAACCUAAGUGUUACCGGUGAACUGCGCAAUCUUCCUACAGGUGGUUGAAAUUUGUGCUAUUUUCUGUUUAUUUUAUAUUCUCAUAAUUGUGUGUAUUAUAGUACAAUUUUUUUAAUGAAUGAAUUUGCCAUUUUUUAGAUUUUAAUUCAUAUUUAUUAUAAUAGUUAAAUUUAAUCCAGCCAGUUUUGGUAAAACUUUUUAAUAAACAUGACUUUUAAUUAUUUUCAUUGACUACUUCCGCUUAGAUGCUGCAAUAUUCCUCCCUUUAAAAUAACAAGGUUGUGCUUUUUUUUUUUUUUUUUUAUACAUUUUUCAUAUUUUUCUAGUACUUUUUUUAUGGUUGUAGUUACACUCUAAUCUGUAUGCCAAAUAAAGUCAUUCCAAAG